AAGAAAGAAAGAAAAAGAAAAGGAUUUAAUGCACACGCAUUAUGUUAGUUCGCUCCGAACGAGUUCUUACUAUGUUACUGUCUGAUCUUUCUUUCACAAACGCAUCUUCAACAUUACGUUAAUCUUUUUCUCUAUUAGACCCAGUUAAUGGGUAAGGCAUCCAAAUGGUUUCGCGCCAUUCUUGCUCUCAAAAGACCAGACUCGCCGUCCGCCACCGCUUCCAAACCGCCCAAGGACAAACGACGGUGGAGCUUUGUCAAAUCCUACAGAGAAAAGCACCAUUCCACCGUCGACCACCACGCACCACUCACCGACAGAGGCCACUCCUCGGUACACGCGGAAAGCGCUGAUCCCAACCUUCCAGCACUCACCGCCGUCACCGUCCUCGGAGGCGUUAUUCCAGAAGAAUGGGCAGCCGUUAAGAUUCAAGCCGCGUUUCGAGGCUCUUUGGCAAGGAAAGCCCUUAGAGCUUUAAAAGGACUGGUGAAGCUACAGGCAUUAGUGAGAGGUGAGAUAGAAAGAAAGCGAACGUCAGAAUGGCUGCAAAGAGUACAAACUCUCUUACGUAUUCAGGCCCAGGCCCAAUUGCGUGUUGGCCGGGCCCAAAUUUUGCACUCCUCUCGUUUGAAUGCAAACUCAUCCACUGGCCACCUCCAUGGUUCACCACACAAAUCUGAAAGCCCCAUCAGACCCGAGAGCGUGAAAUAUGAUCACUCACCAUCAUUACUCAAGAGAAACAGCUCAAAGUCCCGCAUGCAUAUCAACGUUAACGAAGACAAAUCAUGGCAUGAACGAAGAUGGUGGUCAAGAGCUUGUAGCCUGGACGAAGAAAGACGUGUGAAAUGGAACGAGGUUGAGGAGAACUCGUCGUGUGGUGCUGACAAUAGUCCUCGUACUUUAUCCUCUUCUUCUAAAAAUGGUGGCUCCAAAAGAAGCCCUUUUACUCCUACCAAGAGCCAUCUGAGUGAUUAUUCUGAACCUGAUUAUCCGAGUUACAUGGCAUACACUGAAUCAUCAAUGGCAAAGGUAAGAUCUGUGAGUGCUCCAAAGCAGAGGCCCACCGAAUACCAGAGGUCAAGUUCAUCUUCUAACAGCUACUCGCUUCAUGAUAAUGGAUUUCAAAGGGUAGCAUCAUCACACGCAAACUUCACUACCAGGGCUUACCCUGCUUCUGGUCGUUUGGACAAGCCUGGGUUGUCUGUGCCGUAUUAUAAAUACUGACAUACGUAAAUAUAUGUUGUGUUGGAAUGGAUUUUCAAUGUUUUUAUCUGUGUAAUUUUCCUGUGCUAACCUUUACAAUUUCGUCACCUAUUAAUUUGGGUUUUUUUUUUAAAGAUAAUGUACCCAGACUAUAACCUCACACAUUUACUAAAUUAAGUUUCGAG